AUGGCCCAGUCGUUUGUUCCUUUACCUUAUAGAACAGAACAUCGCAAAAGGCAUCUUUCGACGUUAUCGCUCAUUUGCGACGACGAAUGCUUGUCGGAUUCACAAAUAAAGGCUUACCAAACCCGCCUACAGGAAUACCGUACAUUUUUGGAUGCAGUCAGUCGUCUUGCGCUUUGCAGCAAUGUAUGUGUGACAGAAGAGGCUGUCACAAUAGGAGAGCAUGGUUUACUGACUGGGGAGUCCUUGAACGCACUUCAACAUGCCGGAGCUAUAUCUGUAUAUAAUACACUGCAACAAAAUAAUUGGGAAUUUCCUAUGUCGGAAGAGGGUGAAGUAGCUAUAGUCAAGGCUCAUGUUCCCAUUCCUGACGAGUUUUUAGAUUCCGAAAAACCCAUCCGUUCUGACUGGCCUGCAGUCCAUAUUUCAGAAUGCUUUGUUGAAGGUGAACGAGCAAAACUGCACGGUUCUGUCCGGCCACUACGAACUUUCUUACCGCCUACUAUUGUUUUCCGUAAUGCUGCGGAUGUAGAUGAAGAUGUUCCCGAAUCAGAAGUUAAUAUUAUAAAUUCUGGUCCAGAAGGAAGCAUUGAAAUAGUUCAAUCACUUAAAGGUUUAUCAGUUAAAAAGCCAUGUAAAGAUGGUAAAGGAGUUAAGUAUAUUCCAAUAGACGAGUAUUACUUUGGGCAUCAAGAUGGAAAUACUGAUUACGUGGAGGAAAAAGGUGAUUUCCGAUUCAAAUGUGCUGUUUGUCAACGAAUUUUUUAUUCGAAUACAAAAUUGAUGUCUCAUAUUCUUGGUCACGUUGAUGAAGCUUCACAGGCUUGUCUGGACACUGCAGAUACUACACAAUGUUCUGUAUGCAAUCAGAUAUUCUUUUCUGCCUUUGAUCUAAGAGAUCACAUUGAAAAAGAACACACUGUUUCAGCUUCUGGCGAUGAAACAAAAACAGACCCUCUUGCACAAAUCACCUCCCAGCUGUUGAUUCAACAACGAAUAGAUGGUCGUGAUGAUUCUAUAAGUAAUCUUGACCAUAUGGAAAUUUUAGCACCAAACUUAAAUGGUAUCUCAAACACACCAAGUUGUCGCAUUUGUGGAAAAGUUGCUGCCAACAAACUAUUAUUAGCUCAUCACCUUCAGUCUACUCAUCGUCAACGUGAAAUGCCUUAUGUUUGUCGCUUAUGCUUGUUUCGAUCAUCUAUGUAUGAGGACAUACUGGAUCAUUUUAAAAAGAUGCAUGAUAAUUCAAACCACUUACUUUGUACCUAUUGUCUUCGUAUAUUUACCCCUUCGGAUGCGCGUUGUUCGAACGUUCAACCAGUUUGUCUGUCAGCUUCUGGUGGGAUGAGUACUGUAGGCCUAGGUUUAGGUGUCGGUCAGACGCAAGUUUAUCUUCAGCACUUACGUCUACAUCAAAUCAAGCAUCAACUUCGUCGAUGCCCAACAUGCCGUUUAAAUUUUACUAAUAAAUCAGAUUAUCAAGUACAUCGACGCUUAGAUCAUAAAGCCACGAGAGAUCAUGGUGCUGAGAAGCCAGAUCUUCGUCAAGAUUUUUAUGAGCUAGAAGGCUAUCACACAAAACAGCAUACAGCUCAGGCUACUGAAAACUUUGACGACCACAACACAUCUGUAGAUUCUGUGCGUACAAUUCGACCACAUAUAACAUCAAUGAAUGCUCCAGAGGCUGGUUGUGCAAAAAACUUGGCUAUAAACUUCUUACCUGAGAAUAUUGAGAAAAUGAACUGUCUGGAGUGUGGAAAACGUAUGGGUGAUUUUGAACAUGCGCAAUAUUUACCGUGUUCCGUGUGCAGAUUUGCAACAUGUUGCAGGGUUGGCUUUGAACGUCAUUUUCAAAAACUUCAUGUCUUCUCAAACGCUUCCCAAACAACAGAUCAUGAUUGUGGUAUGCCAAUGGUUCGUCAGAUCUUCUUUGACUGGAGCAAUGAACCUAAUCUUCUUUGUGAUGGUAGUGUCAUAUCAUCAGAACUAGCAGUUGUUGCGGGUGACCAACAGGAUCUUAUCGUUAAUGAAGUCACAGAUUUGACACCUACUGAAAUGAUGAAUUUUACAACGAUUGUCUUGACUGACGAAACAAGCCAUGUUGCGACUGAGAAACAAAGCUUAACGAAACGACCCAAUCCAAAUGACUCUGUUACACGGUAUAUGCGAAAUCAAAUUGAUUCACGAAAUCUUUAUUGUUCUCACUGUGGGACAAGUAACCUGGACGGAAAUAGUCUUGCACGACACCUAGUUGAAGAAUGUGGAACACUAACUGCAACCCUGCAUCCAAACCUGUCAUUUGCACAAACAAACUCUGAACAAAGAGAAGCCUCUGAAAAACAGUUAGAUCAGAAUGAAAGUGGAAGUCUAUUUGGAGCUACAGAUCAAAGGGUUAUCAUGAUUAAUGAACCUUCCUUAUUGUCUACUACAGCUACCAAUCUUUCUGAUAAUGAUGUAGUUAUGGUGACUGUUGAUACUGAUCAACCACCAUCCAUGAGACUUGUUGAGUCGCCGGAAGAUCAAACAACCUUGCUUAGUGGUACUCAGAUUACAACUCAAAGCGAUGGAACAACUACUAUUGAUGUUACUGAUGCAGGUGGAGAAGUGGUACAACAGUUUAUACUUCCGGAUGAUUUACAGCUCGAAGAAGGUCAAACACUAGUGAUGAUCCAAGGUGAAAAUGGUCAACCUCAACUAGCAAUCGUAAAUCAAGCUGAUUUAAUAAAUGGAGACAGUUCAGAGAUUUUGGUGCAAACUGAGAAUGAAGACUCUAGUGAUAUCCUGAUUUACACUAAUCGUUUGGAAACUCAAGUCGAAAACUCAGAAUUAAAUAGAGAAGAAGAAAAAGAAAAUCAACAGUUCAAUCUGUAA